CAAGAGGGAGAGAUAGGGCAGAUUGAUCGAUGCAGUUGCUCCUCAUAGAACAACUAGCGUUUCGGUUAGCACUUUCGAAUCACAUUCAAUCAGGAUGGAGAACACUGAGUUUGACAUGGUAAUCACCAUACCUGAUACUCCAGAUAGACCGGUACGAACUAGAGAGGUUAAGAGAAGACCACCUUCUCCAGAAGCACCAUUGAGAUAUCAAGGAGAAGAGUACCGUAAUUACAUUAGUGAUAGAACCAGAACAAUCCUCGAAACUGGUCAUAACCGUGAAAGUUCUGAUUCGCUAACUCGCUCGCGUGCUUCAGGAGGCACUUCUUUGUUUAGGAGACCAGCGGCUGAGAAGGAUAAAGGCAAAUCCAUCUCCGUUGAUCCAUGCGGGGCUCAUGUUGCUGCAUCUGAAGACAUAAAUGGUUGUUCUCCUUUACGAGGUGAUCAUAACUCUUUUACGCUGCCUCCUGGGAAUAGUAAUAAGGGUAAAGAAAAAGCAGAUUGUGUCUCUGUUUCUAAUAGAGAAACAAUUGACCUUUCCAGUGACAGACAACAGAAGAGAGGCACUAAGAGAUUAGUUAGACAUGGCUGCAUAUCUCCACAUGGAAUAGCAGCUAGAGCCAGGCUAGCUGCUGAUACUAAUUCCAAGGAAACAGUCAGUGUUGAACAGGAACUAGCUCCUGAAACUGCAACUUCAAUUGGCAUAAGAGAGAUUGUUUCUGGAACUGAUAUUCAGGGAAGAGCUAGAGGCAAAAGACCAGAAAGUUCGAGUAGGAGGGUGGCGAGUAGAGAUGGGUCGGAGGGGUGGGUUAGUACGCGUAACCGGAAAUUAAAUAUGGAUCAUGAAAUGAAUCAGAGGGGUGAGAGUGACACACGCGGAAGUUGUAGUUCUGUUUCCGGACUUGAUGUGCAUGAAACUGGUGUGGUUGAAAGAGAAACAAGACAACAACGACGGCGGAGAAAUGGAAUUACUACUUCAAGGGCUUCGAAUGAGCCAGAAGUUACUGUUAUUACAUCUCCUGGGGAACCAUCUAAUUCAAGGCCACCACGAAUUCAGAACCAUCAAAGACGCAACACUCAAGUGUUGGAAAUUGAAGAUUCAUCUCCUACACAUAUCGAAAACGGUGUAUCUGAUUUGAAUGUAAGACAAAUAGAAGCAGAUGAGAUUUUGGCCCGUGAAUUGCAAGAAGAGCUGUACCAAGAAGAGAGGUUGAUCAGACAUGACCAGAUGGAUUUAAACUUAGCCAGGUUGUUGGAACAAGAAGAGAAUCCUUUCCGUGCUUCUUCUAGUCGUUCUUCUACUCGUAAUACCCGAAGCUCUAGUACCAUUGCAGCAAACCCUGGUGGGAGAAGUCGCCUGGAAGCACGACUACAACAAAAUUCUUCAAGGAGGCGUAUGAAUCCUCCACAGGCUCGUGCUCCAAGAGCACCACGACGGGGUCGAGGUCAUCGUUUAGGUCGUGCACCUGGUUUUUUAGACGGAGCUAUGAAUAUCAGGUUUUCAAAUGAUAUGAGCUUUGACGAGCAGAGAUUGGAUUUUUUGGAGGGACUAGAGAAUGCUAUUAACAAUAGGAAUCUUCUUCAUAUGGAUCGUGACUUUAACGAAGAUGAUUACGAAAUGCUGCUAGCUCUUGAUGAAAACAACCAUCGACAUGGCGGCGCUUCUACUCAACGCAUUAACGACUUACCAGAGUCUACAGUUCAGACUGAUAAGUAUGACGAAACUUGUGUUAUUUGUCUGGAAACACCGACGAUCGGAGACACCAUACGUCAUCUCCCCUGUUUGCACAAAUUCCAUAAAGAUUGUAUUGAUCCGUGGCUAGGACGGAGUAAAGCAUGUCCGGUUUGCAAAUCCUCAGUUACUUGACAAGGUUCUCAAAACUCACCGGCGAAUGUAAAAUAUUUACCAUUUUACCCUUCCAAACCGGUGGAUCUCUGGAAUCAUUUUCCUGGUAAGCCAGUCAUUCUUCGCCAUCGGUUUAGAUGAACUCAUGAAACGGUUUUUUGUACUAGCGUUCUCGAACUGUUAAAGUUAGUUGUUUUAGUAUCAUCCGCUUUAGUUUUUUCUGGUCUCGGUUAAACCUAUACUUUUUUUUUUAAUAUCCAUUUAAUAAUUGCACAA